AGGCGCAGUCCCGCUCUCCCUCGGCGGCACCCCGCGCAGUGCGCCCGCCGCGGCGGAGUGUAGCGGCACCCGUCCGCUGUCCCCCUCCGCCUCUCGGUGCUUCAGAACGAGCUCUCCGCGGCUCUGCGAGUGCCCCCGAGCGCGGACAGCAGCCGCGGUGGGUUAGUCAGGUUAUCUUAUGAUGAGGCCUUUGCUAUGGCUAAUGACCCCUUGGAAGGCUUCCAUGAAGUAAACCUUGCUUCACCUACUUCUCCAGACCUCCUUGGUGUAUGUGAAUCAGAAACUCAAGAGCAGACUACCUCACCAAGUGUCAUCUACCGGCCACAUCCUUCAGCUUUAUGCUCUGCGCCUGUCCAGGCUAAUGCACUGGAUGUCUCCGAUCUUCCUACCCAACCUGUGUAUUCAUCCCCCAGACGUUUAAACUGUGCAGAAAUAUCUAGCAUCGGCAUUCAUGUUACAGACCCAGCAUCUUCUAUUAGCUCUGGAGUCGCAACUGGUCUAACUAAAUUAACUACGAGAAAGGACACCUGCAAUGCAGAGAGAGAGUUUUUACAGGGUGCCACUGUCACAGAGACUUGUGCUGGCAGUGAUGAUAUUUUUGGGUUGAGUACAGAUAGUCUGUCCCGUUUACGAAGCCCAUCUGUUCUGGAAGUUAGAGAAAAGGGCUACGAAAGAUUAAAAGAAGAACUUGCAAAAGCUCAGAGGGAGCUGAAGUUAAAAGAUGAAGAAUGUGAGAGACUUUCAAAAGUGCGAGAUCAACUUGGACAAGAAUUGGAAGAACUCACAGCUAGUCUAUUUGAGGAAGCGCAUAAGAUGGUGAGAGAAGCAAAUGUCAAACAGGCAACAGCAGAAAAGCAGCUGAAAGAAGCACAAGGGAAAAUUGAUGUACUUCAAGCUGAAGUGGCUGCAUUAAAGACACUCGUAUUGUCCAGUUCUCCAACAUCACCUACACAAGAACCUCUGCCAGGUGUAAAGACACCUUUUAAAAAGGGGCAUUCAAGAAAUAAAAGUACAAGCAGUGCUAUGAGUGGCAGUCACCAGGACCUCAGUGUGAUACAGCCAAUUGUAAAAGACUGCAAAGAGGCUGAUUUAUCUCUGUAUAAUGAAUUCAGAUCUUGGAAGGAUGAGCCCACAAUGGACAGAACAUGUCCUUUCUUAGACAAAAUCUAUCAGGAAGAUAUCUUUCCAUGUUUAACAUUCUCAAAAAGUGAGUUGGCUUCAGCAGUUCUGGAAGCUGUGGAAAACAACACUCUAAGCAUUGAACCAGUGGGAUUACAACCUAUUCGAUUUGUGAAAGCUUCUGCAGUCGAAUGUGGAGGACCAAAAAAAUGUGCACUUACUGGUCAGAGUAAGUCCUGUAAACACAGAAUUAAACUAGGGGACUCAAGCAACUAUUAUUAUAUUUCUCCUUUUUGCAGAUACAGGAUCACAUCUGUAUGUAACUUCUUUACAUACAUUCGAUAUAUUCAGCAGGGACUUGUGAAACAGCAGGAUGUUGAUCAGAUGUUUUGGGAAGUUAUGCAGUUGAGAAAAGAGAUGUCAUUGGCAAAACUGGGAUAUUUCAAAGAGGAACUCUGAUGCUCUGCGUGGGACCAUGCUUGAACAUCCCUGAAUAUUUUUAUGGUUACUCAAUACUUAUUUCCAAGGAGUGGGCCCAAGACUUUUCCCAUCUUUUGCAAAUUACACUAAGAAGUACUGUGAUUUCAUUUAAACUAACCUAUGCUGUGUUGCCUCUUCUUUAGUUGAACACACUAUAAAGAAUUACAGGUGUACUAGUGAUUGCAAUUUAUAAUUCCAAAAAAACAACUAAAUAAAUCAGCGUUAGAUUGAA